CUUAGAGAGAAGUCAGAGCAAGUAAAUAUAUAUAGAGAGAGUGUAUUAUAAAUGUGGAGCGUUUUCAGCGUGGUUACAAAUGGGGAAAUGGGGUGCUAUUUAUAGUAGCAAUAAAUGUCGGGCAGGGACACGUGUCAAGCGCUCAUUGGCCGAGGGGUCACCUCAACUGGUUGGCGCUGGCAGCCGCAUGUGGCCGCAUUUAAUGCGGCUGUUGGACGGGACGUCUGUGCGGGGUACGGUGAUCUGUACGCAUGUGAGGCAGAUAUCUUGUCGAGUGAGAUGCCUUCGGCUAUAGAGCAGUAACCGAGGGCUCUCCCUCCCGAUGGCACCCUGGUGCCGAGGGCUGCUGUUUUCGCCGUUUUCUCCCAGUUUCCUAAUUUGCUUGAGAAACCCGCUCUGUGACAAUUUGGAGUCUUCGGCCAGGGGUCCGAAGGCACCCCUGUGCGUUGUGCGGACUGCUUGGUACUCUGGGCGCUGUGAUUUGGGCCUGUUGGGCCUGUUGGGCCUUUGCUGGAGUAGUAGGAGUCUGUGGGCCGGGGGUUCCCGGGCCAUAUACUCCAUCAGGAGUCCCUCACUCCUUUUGCCGAAAGGUACUUGAGGGAAAAGGAGUAAUUUGUGCUUGCCCUUUGAUGUUGUCCUGUCGUGAUCUCUGAAGUUGGUGAGGAGUUGUUGCUUUUAUGUCCCUGCCGAAGGCAAUCCCUCAGUUACCCACAUGUCGGGACUUGAGGGCUUGCUUUGUUGUAAUUUAAUGAUUUUCCCGAAGGGGUCCUCCAGUCCCCCACUCCUUGAGGCACUUGUAAAGUGGUGAAAAGGAGUAACGCAGUUACGUUGCUGUUGUGGGCCGAAGGCUGACGCUUUUCGUUUCAUUUUGGGGGGAUGCCUCGUUAAAAACCUCAUUAGGAAAAACCCUUUGGGAAAAAAAUCCUAAUGAGGGAAAAAGAGUGCACCGAAUUCCCCCAAUGAUGAAUCGAAAAUGUCAAACCUCGGUGAAAAAUGGAGAAUGACGGGAAUGCCGAAGGCUCUCUCUUCUGAGGGCUCCUGUGUUGAUUUGCCGAAGGCUUGCUGUUGAUGUCCUGGUGGUGCCGAAGGGGAGCCCCUCAAUCCAGGGAUCGAGGGCCUGCCAGAUGAGGGCAGCAGUGAAGUUGUUACCGGGGGGUCCACUGUUUGUUGAUGAGUUGGUGAUGAAGAUACCCGAGGGCUCCCAUUACCUGUGUGCCAUGGGACCUCCGUUAAUGAGGCACUCCCCGGGGGCUGCCCGGUUUUGCAGUGCUGAGGGGGAAACCCCGAGGGGUGCCCCUGAUAUGCAGCCCUGGGGAUCUGAAGGAGUGAUCCCGAAGGCGUGUGUAAUGUGCUGUGUGGGGCACAACCCGGGGGCACUUCUGGGUGAGUGCAACCGGAGGCAAUCCUUGAUGAAGUGGAGUGAAGUAGAAAACCCGGGGGCUUCCAGAAUAUAGCCGUUGAAAAUAUAGUCGUUGGAAUAUGUAACGACAGGAUAUAGCCGUUGGGGGGGUGGCACACGUGGCGUGUGAUGGCUGGUCGUCCGUGGGCGGCGUCACCGGUUGGGUGAAACGGCGGUGUGUAAUGAUGGCGUCCAUCCGGAGGCCCGGAAUCCAGGCCCAAGCCCGGAUUCAUCGCCUAUAAAUACCCCAAGGCCAGGCAUUCCUCCGUGUGCGAUAAACUUGUUAGCGAAGCUCUGUCAAUUUUUCUAGAGAGAGAAAGUUCAGCCUUCGGUCCAAAAUUCAGCUUUCGAGGUCAGUGCUCCCUGCCUUUCUCCUUCUAGCAUAGCUGUACUGUGCCCUUAGUGUAGGAGAUAGAAAAGUUAGGAAACACUACCGUCUACGAGCCCUCGAACAAGGGUGCGAAUGUCGUCCCAGAGUGACUCUCAGGACAUCUCGAGGACGCCCUCGAUGGAGGACGAAGGCAUCUCCGACGUGGAGUCAAGCAGUGGUCAGCCCUCGGAUUGUGGUGAUGCAGCCCUCGCCACUGAGGUGCAGAAAGAUCUGACGGCUGAGGCCGAGGCGGAGGAAUUCGAGCGAACUGCCGAGGAUGAAGAGUUGGCCCUCGCCGUCCAAGUUGCUGAAGAGGAGGAGGAGAAGGAGAGGGCGAAGGUCACUGUGGCCGUCCUUCCCCCUCGGGGUGCUGGUGAGGCCAGUACCUCCCGGCUGCUGAACGCAGUUCCCAUCCGGGUGUCCCCCGGGAUGAAGAAGAGAAAGACGAAGGCCGCCCCUCAGAAGAAAGCAAAGACCGUCGAUCACGGGGGGCCAGUUGAUCUACCGGAGGGUUACUCCUUCCUGGACACCGCCGCUCUGGAGAUCAAGUCCCAAGCUGACAGGGCGGACAUCUACAUCACCCAAUUGCAUGUAGGGCCCUCGGCCGUGGUAGUCGAGCCAGGUCCUGAUGACGUGCUGUCGCGGCCCCCCGAGGGAUGUAUAGACGUGCACGUGUUUUCGGUCUCAAUGGGCCUCCGGUUCCCUCUCCAUCCGUUCCUCCGGGAGUACCUGAGGUACACCGGCCUGGCCCCCUGCCAACUGACUCCCAACAGCCACUCGUACAUAACGGGGUUUGUGAACCUGUGCAAACUCCGGAAGGUUACGCCGAGCCUGGAGUUAUUCUUCCAAAGCUUCAACCUAUGCCGGGGGGGACAUACAAAUGCCGAGGGCUAUGCGAACUUACAGCAGGUAGCCCAGUUCAAGCUGUUCACUGAGGCCCCUUCUUCCAACAAGGGGUGGAGAGAGCGAUGGUGCUACAUCAGACUGGCCGACAGCCCGUUCCCGAGGGAGUUGCGGAAUCGCUUUCGGCGCCAUGUGAAGGCCAAGAGUGCCGCCCUCGAGAAGGAUGGCCUGGAGAUUGCAAAGAUUCUCGAGGGUCGGGAAAAGAACGUAACCAUCAAGGAGUGCACCCUCGAGGAGGACCUGUAUGCCCUCGGAUUCCUGAGGUAUCGGUUCAUUGGGGAGACCGACGAGAAAUAUCCCCUCUACGAUAAAGCCUUCGUGGGAGCAGGAGGUAGUAGCCGGGGGCUUUACAUUUUCGUACUUAGAGAUUUUUUGUUAUGUUUGUUGUCAUGUGUUUGACCCCUCGGUUCUAACCUUUCAACUUGUUGCUGUCGUUCUUUGCAGGUAGCAGGAUGAAUGCCAACGCCUUGUUUGCGAAGAGGAAGGGCAAGACCCAGCAAAAGGAGAAGGGGCCCUCGAGCCAGAAGCCAGUUGACGCGCUUUUCCCGAAGGCCAUAGAGCCUUCCGCCGGGGACGCCCAUGCUGCUGUGGGGACCGGGGGGUCGAAGGCCGAGGCGGCCGCUAAGAAGAAGAGGGGCGACAAGGGGGUGGAGCCCCCCACCAAGAAGCAGAAAGGUGUUGUGGGUGCUGUCGGGGAGGCGGCCCCCCUUAUAGUCAUUGAUGACAUGCCCGCCGUUGAUGAGCCUCUGGCCUCGGUCCCCCCGAAGGAUCCGGUGAAUCCCCCCCGGGCGGAAUCACCCCGGGAGAUCCGUCAGCUCUCCUUUGCCCCCGGCGCUUCGUUGAUGCACGGCACUGUCGAGCCGAAGGCCUUCCUGCGGGGAAUCACCUCGAAGAUGGACAGGGAAGUCUUCGAGACCUACGAUGACGAUGCCCUCGAGAACAGGAUCCUCCGCUCCUCGCUCACUGCCUGCAUAGCCCUCGGGGAACAGGCCCGGAGGUGCGAGGAAAGGCGUCUUCACGAGGCCGCCCAGGAUAAGAAGGUGGAGGGGCUGAUCCGUAAGAACUCCGAGGCGGUGAAGCAUGCUGCCCAGCUGGAGGAGGCCCUUCGGGAGGCGAAGGCGGCGGCGGAGAAGGCCAAGGCUGAUGGUAUAGCCGAAGGCAAGGCAGAGGCCGAGAGGGCUGCUGCCGAGGCGGCGAAGAAAGCCGCCGAUGAAGCCCAAACUGCUAAGGAGAGAGCUGCGGCAGAGGCCCGAGGGGAGGCAGUUGCGGAGUUCCUUGCUGAGGGCUGGAGGGCCGAGGGCCAUAAGGAGUGGGUUGCCUCCGUGGUGGCAGCCUCGGUGGACGCUUGGGUAGAAGGCCCCGGGGUUGACUGGCUGACCGAUAGGGGCGACGCCUACUAUCAGGGGGGUGAGUUUUUUACCCAGCACCUGAUAUACCGGAGGCUCGCCAGGCACUUCGGUGUAUCCCUCGAACAAUUUGACCCCUCGGUAUACGGCCUCCCUCCGUUGCAACCAGAUGUCAGAGUUCCCCUCCCCCCGGGUGAAGAGCGGCCAACAAUCUAUGAUUCUGUGAUGAUGGGGGGUGACGGGGUUGGAGCCGUCGGGGGUGAUGCUGCCGGAGAAGAAGUCUCCUCCAAGGCUGUCGUGGAAGAUGCCCCCGGUGACAACGAGGCUGAAGCUGCCGAGAAGAUUAUUACUUAGUCAAUUUUUUUUUAAAAAAGCCUUGUAAUGAAACUUUUGUUGCCCCUCGGCUUUGGCCACACUCUGUAAUGAUCACAUUGACUAUUUUUGUGUUGUAAUUGAAUGAUUGCCUUCGGGCUUGGUGUAUAUGAUAUGCUUCCUUCUGAUCUGUUCAUUGUUGAAUGUAU